AUGAACCUUUGUCGCCCACAACCCGUAGGUUGGGUGCCAAGAAGAAGAAACAAUAUUGCCAUCGUCGUCGCAGGUCGUCAGCCUCGUUCGGAUUCGCAAUUGAGUUACGAGCAGGUAGGAUACGGAAGGGGGGCUUCUUCGCCCCCAGGGACCGUUCGGCCGUCGUCACCGGGAGGAUUGCGUCGCCGUUGCCUGGCAUCUCUCGAAAUUUUUGCCCGCAGAGACUCCUCCGUGGAGGUUAGAGCAACGCAAGCCUUGGCACAAACGAGAGCAAAGGAUGUGAAAGGACCGCAAAAGAGUCGCAGCUCGAGAUUGUGCCCCUCUGAACAGCCCGAGAAGGGCUUGGCGCGAGAAAGUUCCGUCGAAGACCCUCUAUCCGUUCCUCCUCCUCCUCCUUCUCCCUUCUUCGACACCCUCAGCAUUCACAUUCACCUAACCACCGACGACUUUGAGAUGGACGGCCACGGUUACCCCCCGGGAGAAGGCCCCCCGAAUGGCGAUGGAGAGUACGGCGAAGAGUGGGCUCGCGACCUGAGGGUAAAGUUCGAGUCACUUCUUCGUGACAAGCGCAUGACCGAACUUCGAACUACCUCCCGCCAAGGCACUCCUCAACCAAGAGAGAGCGCAAGCAGCGCCAACCUUCGAGGUCUCGCAUCACCCGGUCCCGGUCGACCUUCAACUUCACACAGCUCAACACCCAUGCCGCCGACACCACCCGCUUACUCUCGCCACCUUCCCAAGAUUCCCACACCACCCGCCGCCCACGACCGCGAUUCACAAAAAUUCCGCAACCUGAUGAUCAGCCUUUCUCUUACCCCGACAAAGUACGAAAAUCCUGGUUUGUUGGACGAGGCUCUGCAGUGCAUACCCCUCGACCGGAUAUACGGCGAGGCGGAAGAGGAGUGCCAAGUGAUGCAGGCCGAGGCUGAGAGUAUGGGAGAUGGACGCAAAGCCACUUGGGGCUACCAAGAUUGCGUUAUCCGCGCACUACUGAGAUGGUUCAAGCGAUCAUUCUUCACCUGGGUUAACAACCCCCCGUGCCCCGUAUGCCUUUCGCCCACAAUCGCCCAAGGCAUGACGCCCCCGACGCCCGACGAAAGUGCAUGCGGUGCACUUCGAGUCGAGCUCUACAAAUGCUCAGCCGGAGACUGCGGCGCUUACGAACGAUUCCCAAGGUACGGCGAUGUUUGGAGACUGCUGCACACCCGCAGAGGACGUGUUGGAGAGUGGGCGAACUGCUUCAGCAUGCUUUGCCGUGCCAUGGGAGGCAGAGUUCGUUGGAUCUGGAAUGCAGAGGACCACGUCUGGACCGAGGUAUACUCCGAGCACCAGAAGCGAUGGGUCCACGUCGACGCCUGCGAGGAGGCAUGGGACAACCCACGCCUCUACACCGAGGGCUGGGGUAAGAAGAUGUCCUACUGCAUCGCUUUCUCUAUCGACGGCGCCACCGAUGUCACCCGCCGAUACGUACGCAAGAGCGAUUUCUGCGCAGAACGCAACAGAUGCCCCGAAGAGGUCCUGCUCUACAUCCUGAACGAGAUCAGGGGUCUGCGUCGCGGCAAUAUGAACAAGGAUGAAAAGUUCAGACUCGAGAAGGAGGACAGCCGCGAGGACCGCGAGCUCCGGGGAUAUGUCAUCAAGUCUAUUGCUCAGGCCGUCACCGACCUCGUUCCUGGCAUGCCUAGCCCUUCGGCGAGCAGCGCACCCCCUCCCCGUCAAGCAGCUCCUCAAAGACGCGACGACACCAAGUUGCCAGCUGAGCAGCCCGGUCGCCAGACCGGAUCCGCGGAGUACCUCGCGGCACAGGCCAACGCAAACGCAAGGCAUCACCAGUUCCCCCCGCACGACCCGAGCCGCCGCCGCGAUCUGCCUUGA